CCGCAUCUCUAGACGCGUACCAUGUAGUAUUACUCAUCAACGCGCAUCCCUGCGCUGUAAGUUCAUUUUGACUUCCAUCAUGCAUGCGAUCGGCCAUCAACCGAUCCUUCUGGCGUGCUCAGACGUGGUCGAACGGAGGUGAUAGAGGCAAGCACGUAGGCAUCACGCACUGUCGAGCUGAAUCAUCUUCGACGUACGUCCCAAGGCGACAGCCAACUUGGAGGAAAAGCAUCAUGAUGGUGAUAAAUAGUCGGCAGUCUGAUUAAACGUCACAUAGCUACUGUCCGCACCUAGGAAAGAUUCCUCGCCACUCCCAAUGCCCGCGCUUCCAGAUACGCAGAAGGCACUCGUCCUGCCGGCGAAGCAAGCGGACUUCGUCGUUCGCGCCGUCCCCGUACCGAGACCAGGGCCGGGUCAACUGCUCCUCAAGGUCCACGCCGUCGCGCUGAACCCCAUCGACUGGAAGAUCCAGAAAUUUGGGUGGGUUGUGACCGAGUACCCUGCCAUCGUAGGGUCGGACGUCGCUGGGACGGUAGAAGAGCUUGGUGAAGGCGUUGAAGGCUUCCAGCUCGGCGACCGAGUAUUCCAACAGGGACAUUUCACAGUCCGCCACGCAGGCUUUCAGCAAUAUGCAGUAGCGAACGCUGACACCACUGCAAAGAUACCUGACAACGUUACAUUUGAAGAAGCCUCCACCAUCCCCGUGGGGCUGAGCACCGCAGCUCUGGGUCUGUACCUGGAACAUCCCCCUCCGAACCCGGGUAUCGGCAGCGCGGGACUGACGGCGCCCUGGGAGGACGGCGGGCGCGGCAAGUACGCGGGCAGGUCAUUCGCGGUGUUCGGCGGCGCCAGCUCGGUGGGACAGGCCGUGAUCCAGCUCGCGAGCCUCUCAGGCUUCUCGCCGAUCGUUGCAACCGCGUCGCUGCACAACGCCGAGUUCCUCCGCACCCUCGGGGCUACGCACGUCCUGGACCGCAAGCUUCCGUCCGAGCAGCUCAAGAAGGAGGUGGAGAAGAUCACGAAGGGCUCGCUGGACGUCAUAUACGAUGCCGUCAGUCUGCCGGAUACACAGUUGGCUGCGUAUGAGGUGUUCUCGCCGGGCGGGAUUCUGGUACUGGCGUCGUACGAUGUCAUCCCGGAGGAGCGGAAGGAUUCUGGGAAGCGGGUCGUGAGGGCGUGGGGCCAGCCGAACUAUCCAUCGGAGAAUCGCGUCGUCGCUGCGAAGUUGUAUGGCGAGCAGCUUACCAGCUGGCUCAAGGAAGGGGCUAUCAAGCCCAACCGCGUCGAGGUGCUUCCGAAUGGGUUGGAGGGUAUCCCCGAGGGGUUGGAGAGGCUGAGGGAUGACCGUGUCAGCGGCGUGAAGCUAGUCGCACAUCCUCAGGAGACGGCCUGA